UCAAAAUCCCUCCGAAUGGAACCGGCAAAAUCCGGUAGCCAGUCUAAUAAGGUCCUGUUUGUGAAGAAAAUAGACCGGCCACCACCGGAAGAGUUUGAGACUGACAAUGAGUCUCUGAGAGUUUUAGGGUUUGGUGUUUAUUCAGCGGUUGGAGAUAUGGCUGGAGUUGGAGUUGCAGAAAGAGAAGGUGUUACCCUGCAGGAACUGAAGAAGAAAAUGGCUGAGUUGUCAAGGGAGAGAGACUGGGAUCAGUUUCAUAGCCCUAGAAAUCUGCUUUUGGCUCUGGUGGGAGAAGUGGGAGAGCUAUCAGAGAUAUUUCAGUGGAAAGCAGAGGUUCCAAGAGGACUGCCAUACUGGAAAGAGGAAGAGAAGCAACACCUGGGGGAAGUGCUCUCAGAUGUGUUGCUCUACCUGGUUAGGCUCUCUGAAGUUUGUGGCAUUGAUCUUGGUAAAGCCGCACCACGAAAGCUGGAGCUCAAUGCCAUCAAAUACCAAGUCAAGCUUUGCAAGGGCUCCUCCAAAAAGUACACGCAGCUCAAUGCAGAAGAUAAUACUACCAUGUGUUGCAGUGAUCAUGGCGUGUCAGGCACCAAAAACAGUAGUUGUGAACGGUGAUAUGUACAAAUAGAGUCGGUUACAAUUUUUUUAACAAAACUAGAGCUAGGAGAUGCUUAACAGACGAGUUGAAGUCACCUUAAUUGUAUGCUUAGCCCAUCUAGUUCUGCUUUUGAUUAGGAGUUUGUAAUCGGUUCAGAAGCCCCUCUUAUGUUUUGUAUUUAAGGAUUGUGUAGCCUUUAUUAUUGUAUUUUGGUUUUGUAAAAAAAAUAGUUCUGAAGGUUGUCUAUUUCUAGCCUUUUAAGCUACAGAGUUCUUGGUUUUUGAGCUUCAUUUUCAGAAUGGUUGAUUUGUUGCUUACUCGUAUCUUUUAUUUUCUUUCAGCUUCAUUGUUCUUCUAUCUAUUAUUCAAGCUGGGGAUCUUCCAAUGCAUUGGAAAAAGGCUAUGUAAAAUGUGUUGGGCUGCAUGUGAG